AAUCAGCUGGAAAUACAGCUAACAGCCCGCAAUGGUCUUCAAUGGACCCAGCCUCUUGGUCUUUUCAUAGACAAUGAGUUUGUUCGGAGCCAAGAACGCAAAGCACUGGAAACUCUUGAUCCAUUUACAGAGCAAGAGAUAUGCUCUGUUUUCGCUGCGGCACAAGCAGACAUUGAUCAUGCCGUGUCCUCAGCUAGGAGGGCUCUCCGCAGUCCGGCCUGGAAAUCUCUUUCCGGCACAGACCGUGGGAACCUUAUGGUGAAGCUGGCUUCUCUCGUGGACGAACAUGCUGAGAUAUUGGCUACCAUUGAGAGUUUGGAUAACGGGAAGCCCCUCUCAGCAUCACGGUCCUACGAUGUGCCACAGUUCUCGGAGGUUCUUCGCUACUAUGCCGGCUUCGCCGACAAAAUUUUCGGCUCUGUCAUUGAUGUUGGCCCUAGGAAAAUGGCAUACACUCUCAAACAGCCAGUUGGUGUCUGUGGCCAAAUCAUCCCAUGGAACUACCCCCUAGCUAUGGCAGCAUGGAAGCUUGGCCCUUCCCUCUGCUGCGGCAACACCAUCGUCCUGAAGCUCGCAGAGAAUACUCCACUCUCGAUGCUCUAUCUCGCAACUCUGAUCCGAGAAGCUGGUUUCCCACCUGGCGUCAUCAACAUCGUCAAUGGGCAUGGAUAUGAGGCUGGCGCGGCUCUGGCGUCCCACGCGGAUGUAGAUAAAGUUGCGUUUACGGGUAGCACUUCUACGGGCAAGGAGAUUAUGCGGAUGGCAGCGGCGACCAUGAAGGCGAUUACGCUGGAGACGGGUGGCAAGAGCCCGCUGAUUGUCUUUGAGGACUGUGACUUGGAGCAGGCCGUGCGUUGGGCUCACGAGGGCAUCAUGGCCAACCAGGGGCAGGUAUGUACGGCAACCUCGCGGAUUCUCGUGCAAGAGAAAGUAUACGGCGCGUUUGUGGAUCGCUUCAAGGCCUACACCAGCCAAGUCUCGGUGCUAGGUGACCCGUUUGAUGAGACAACGUUCCAGGGUCCGCAGGUAUCAGCACAACAGCGAGAUCGAAUACUUGCAUAUAUAUCGUCAGCCAAGGCAGCCGGGACGUCGAUAUAUCAACCCGCUUCUGCGGCUCUACCUUCUACGGGCUUCUUUGUCCCCCCAACAAUCUUUACAGACGUGUCGACCCCUUCGGUCGUCUUUCAGGAGGAGAUAUUCGGGCCCUGCGCGGCCAUUGCUAAAUUCACAACCGAGGCGGAAGCACUAUCGAUCGCAAACGGAACACGAUAUGGCCUUGCAGGAGCGGUAUUCACCAAUGACUUGGCCCGGGCGCAUAGAUUGGCGAGGGAUAUGGAAGCAGGGAUGAUAUGGGUGAACAGUAGUAACGACUCGGAUGUGAGAGUCCCGUUUGGGGGCGUGAAGGAGAGUGGAUUGGGAAGGGAGCUGGGAGAGGAUGGCUUGAGAGGCUACUAUAAUGUCAAGGCAGUACAUAUCAACUUGGCCAACAAAUGA